AUGUACUUCGCGUGGAAGACAUACUUUUCGCUGCUCUUCCGCGAGAACAACCUCGUGGAUCACGUUGACGGCACCGUCGACUCCCGUGCCAUGGUAGACGACUCCGAGUGGACCGCGAUCGACGCCACGCUCAUCCGGUGGUUCUUUACCACCAUCUCCAAGGACCUGUUUCACACGGUCGUGAGCGAUGGCGAUGACGCCCGCGCCAUGUGGGUCAAGCUCAACGGCCUCUUCAUCGACAACAAGCUUCAACGCCGCGUUUUUUUGCAGCAGGAAUUUUUUGACUGUCACCAGGAUGAACAGUCCAUCGAUGACUACUGUCGCCGCCUGAAGACGUUGGCGGAUGAACUCCGUGACAUCGGCGCCAAGGUUGAUGACGACCUCGUCCUCAGCACGCUCACCGCCGGCCUCAACGAGGACUUUGACAACGCUGCCUCCAACCUCACCUUGAUGCCGGAGCCCUCCUUCCCCAAGUUUGUGGCGUACUUGCGGUUGGAGGAGCGCCAGAUGAAGGGGGUCAAGAAGCGCGUGCAACAUCAUGCCCUCGCCGCCGGCACCUCCCGUGGCGCCCCACCAUCGGCCGCCCCGCCCGCGCCGCGCCAUCAGCCGCCGGCCCCGCGCCCCCGGGAUUUUUUUCCCUACCACCCGCACCUCCCGCUGCCCCCCAGCAGCAGUCGCCGGGUGGUGGGCACCGCGGAAACCGCCGCGGGGGCGGUCGCAAGCAGCAGCAACAGGCGCAUGGGGGGGGGGCCUCGUCAGCAGCAGCAGCAGGCCACCCCACCGUGGACUUACGGCACCAACCCGUGGACGGGCGUCGUCCACGCGUACUCGAUGUUGGUCCCUCGGGCUCCCGCUCCGUGCAUCCUUGGGCCUCGUCCGGUGAUCCACCAGGCGCUCUUCACAGCACAGAACGCCGCCCCCUACAGCGGCUACGGCGCCGCGCCCGCCUAUGGCCUACGGAGGGUUUUACCCUCCCCAGAUGCCGCCGCCGUGGGACCCGACCCCCCUCGCCGCUCUGCACUCGGCUCCGUCACCGAGUAA